AUGAGAACUGCGCUCACCUGUGCGCUUUUGGCGAUUUCGUUUCUAGGAAGCCCGUGUUCGUCCAGCGAAGACGGUCACGAGCAAGUAUCCAGAGUGAAAACUACUACACAAAGUCUCUACGAGCGUCAUUAUAGAAACAAUCCUGGAUUGUGCGGGGCACAGUACAGGAAUUCCAGCUAUGCGGAACCCGUUUACAACUGCACGCUUAAAGCUUUGCCCCCAAUCGUAAAUAAAACCUGGGAGGGAAUUAGGCAUAACAUUAGCAAGACCAUACCUGAGUUUGUAAGCUUGAUGUGCAACUUCACUGUUGUUAUGCCUGAAAACUUCUACUUACUUUAUAUGGGGGACGCAACGUCAAACUCCGAAGAGGAGAAACAGAGCACAGGCACUACCGAAGAGUCUACUGCUGUGAAAGUUACAGAAACGCUAAUAACAGAAGCAGAGAACGCCUGCACGGCGAAUAUAACUGGUUGGACCCCUCCAACCACGCCGGAACCGACGAAGUCGCUUGAGCCUGUGGCCGUCCCCUGAGGCGUUGUCCGCCGAUCUAUCACCCGGUUAUUACCAGAAACUACUUGCAUACGCUUCAAAACCACGUACAGUACACUGCGUGGCUUUGAUGCCCGUGCAAGAAGAAUGCUGGUACGGGUAGAACGGUGGUU